AAUCUCUUCCAAAUAAGCAUUCGCUUUAUGCGUAAUUUAGUUACAUAACAUAUUUACAUAUAUAAAUAAAAGAACUUAGAGAUGGGUGAAACUUUGUCGAAAAUAUCCUCCGUAUUACGUUUGGCUUCUGAAAUUUCAGAGAAAGAUAUUCAAGAUUACACGAAGUUGACUUAUCUGAAAAGAAAUGAUAUUCUGAAUGCUUAUAAGAUGUUUAAGAAACUGCCAUCUGAUGAUCGUUUCAGUGACGAAAUUUCGUCGAUGCUUACUGAGGACGUUAAAAAUGCAUUAUCGGAAUUGCGGGUAGGUUUAUUUAGCGACCGAAUCAUGAGAGUAUUUUGUGGUCGCAAAAGAAGAAUGUCAUUUGAAGAAUUUCUUUCGAUGUUAUCCAUUUUCAGUGACGCUUGUCCACAACAUGUUAAGACUGAAUAUGCUUUUCGAAUUUAUGAUUUUGAUGAAGACAACUACCUAUCCGCUGACGAUCUUCGUGGGUUGCUUAAUAGACAGUCCGGAGAUAAAUUAAAUCAUGAGGAAAUUAGAGUUAUUAUAGAGAACAUUUUCGAAGAAAUGGAUGAAAAAAGAACUGGAUAUAUGUCUAUAUUUGAUUUUAAAAAAAUGAUUAGUCAUUGUAUCAGAUUUUCAAGUAGCUUCCGGUUCCUUUCUGUUAGAUAGAAGCUCUCAGUUUUUGUAGUAAUAUACCUUUGUAAUGAUUUUCAAUAGUUCUAAAGUCCUAUAAGGCUUUUUGUGGUGACUAUCCACUUCAGAAAACAGUAAGAAAAUUGCCAAACGUCACUGCGGUAAUUAAUGGUGGUAAU